UUAUGUAUGUAAAAGGGUAGUUGUAAGUGCAUGCAAACGGUGGCUGCGUCCACCGUCAUUCUUGAAAAUAUAUUAGUUCAUAAAUGGCUGCCUUGCGUUUCUUUGUGCGCCCCGUAAAAUAUUUAACAGUGGCGGCGAUUCGAGUAAUCCACGCGUGAUUUUGAAGGAAAUAUGUUGUCCACUAAUAAUACUGUGGGAUUGUUCGCGAGUUUUGAUCACCAACAGCAAGAUUGGACAGUUUAUAAAAACAGACUGAAUCAAUGGUUUAUCGCGAACAAUAUCAGUGAAGAAAAGGACAAAGCGGGGAUCAAGCGACGAGCAAUAUUAUUAAGCGCAUUGAGUGAGAAUACGUAUCAGCUAGCGACUCAUCUCGUGUUACCGGGUGUGUUAGAGGAAAAGAGUUACGAUGACGUGGUCAAGGCCCUGGAUGGCCAUUUCACGCCAAAGCGUUGCGUGUUUGCUGAACGAUUUCAUUUUUAUUCGGCAUCACAGCAAACAGGCGAGACCCACGCGCAAUGGGCCGCGCGGUUGAGGGGACUCGCAGCGCAUUGUGAUUUCCAGCACAUUGAAGAUACACUUCUGGAUAAGUUCGUCAUGGGAAUGACGCCAGGUCGAGAGCGAGAGAAACUAUUCUCAAAGGACGUCAGUGAACUCACGUUAUCGAAGGCCAUUGAUUUGGCAGAAAGCGUUCGGUGCGCCCGCACCGCCACCAGCACGACCGCGGCGCCAGGACCGUCGGCGGCCGGAACCGAUAAUUUGUUCAAGAUCGCGAAUACUUCGGCAACGGAAACAGAUCGUGCUAAGUGUCAAGUGUGUGGUUCUGCUAAUCACCAAUCGAAUAAGUGCAAAUUCGCGUCUUAUAAGUGCCAAAAAUGCAAGAAAAAAGGCCAUCUUCGUAGAAUGUGCAAAAAUUUCAAGUACAUGGAGGCGGGCGAGGUGAGCGAGGACGAUGACGGUAAGUUAUUUAACAUUCGCUCUGUAAACGGUGCCCCGAUGUACGCGGAUGUGGUUAUCAGUGGAUUAAAAUUACGGUUUGAACUUGACAGUGGUUCGGCUGUUACGGCUAUAUCGGACACAUUUUAUAAAUCUCACUUCAAACAUGUACCAUUGUUAAACAAAUAUAAGCGCCUAACAGGUUAUAACGGUUAUUUUAUUAAAAGUUUAGGUAUAAUGAGAGUUCCAAUUACAUAUGACAAUUGCACACAAACCUUGGAUAUCCAAGUUAUCGAAGAGGGCGGCUGUCCCAUUUUAGGGAGAGACUUCUUGACAGCGUUUAAUUUGGAAUUCGCAUCUAUAAAAUACUGCGCUCAGUUAGAAUCGGAUAUUGUGAAAAAAAUUAUGUCAGAUUACUCGGAAAUCUUUGCAGAAAAAUUGGGUUGUUUUAAUAAAUAUAAAAUUAAAUUACCAUUAAAAGACAACGCUAAACCGGUGUUUUUCAAAAGUCGACCCGUAGCGUUUGCAUUGCAAGAAAAAGUUAACGCUGAAAUAACACGGUUAGUGCAGUUAGGGAUACUUGAGCCAAUCGAUCACUCUGACUACGCCUCCCCAAUUGUACCAGUUUUAAAAAGAGACGGGUCAGUUAGGAUAUGUGCAGAUUAUUCGCAAACUAUUAACAAACAAUUUAAUGAUUGAUAAAUACCCUUUGCCUACAGUAGAGGA